UUGUGCUAGCAACGGAGCAGUCACUGAGUUGAAGUGCCAUUUAAGAAAAUUCGAUAUGGCUGCUAACGAACAACAAAUGACUCCACUGGAAAUCGAAGAUACCAGUUGCAAACAACGCCAAGAAGAAAUAGUUGAUGAGCAGGAUCCUUCUAUCGGUCCGGUGCAAGUAAAGCCUCCCUCAAGACCUCGACGAAAGGUCAUCGUAAUUGGUGCUUGUAUUAUAGUGGUUGUUAUAGUUAUUGUUGCAGCAGUGCUUAUCGGAAUUUGCGUUUCGAGAAAAGACGAACCUAGCGACAAUGGUAAAAAUAAAACUGUGAACGAGGGAACUGGGGAAGGAACAGAGAGCAUUCGAACGUCGACUGUAGAAACUACGAUCGCCAAAAGUAGUGCAGCGCUAUCUCACUUCUCUUCUUCAGAAGCUAAGACCGCCAAAAGUAGUGCUCCGCUAUCUCACUUCUCUGCAGACGCUUCCAUCGUCAAAAGUAGUCCUUCGGCUACGAAAUCCUUUGAGGUCACUUCUUAUACCCCUUCACAUUUUCACAAGACGACGACGCCGCCAUUUCUCAAGAUGACAUCUACCUCCCUGGUAUCGUUUUCGAGCACCGACCUCCCUAGUGCCAGCACAAUGUUUAGUGGAACAACGCCUCUGCCCUCGAAUACCACGGCAGCGAUUGCAUCGCCCACUAUCUCGUCUCUUAGUUCAUCUUAGUCCAGGGACCAGGACCCCCAAAAAUGACAUUUUGGUAGAAUUCGGGGGAGAUAAUGCAUGCCAUGGCGGAUCCAGACCUUGAGCAAAGGAAUGGGGGUGAUUUUGUGUGUAUGUGUUCACCUACCGGCUUUUCUACACUCUGCAUUAUCUCUUUACUCAAAAUAAGCCAUGAUAAGGGGGAGGAGGUGAGCAGCCCGUGCCCCUCCCUUGAUCCGCCAUUGCAUGUACUUUUGAAAACUGCAAUCACUCUAGUUGAAUAUUAUGUAGGAUAGCAGCGCCUAAUGAGUAACUGAACAGGUAUUUUCACGUGAUCAAGUCACUUCUUUAUACAUAGAGAACCAAGAUAGAAGAUAGAACUAAGUGCAUGCUUCUUCAGAAGACCCAUAAUUAAGUUCUACUCGCGCUAGGCUCUUCCCGACACAUCCCAGCUCCUGGGAGGGAAACCAGGGCAAUAUUUUCUAGCUACCAGCCUAAGUAGGAGGGUUGCAAGUCUGAUGCGUUUUCAAGUCGGCCAAUUUACUCACGCUUUCUGGCAAACUUGAGUCUAAUGAUGAAAUAAGGAGCAGCUCAUGGAGCUAGGUAAAAUGGUCCAAUACAGCAUGUUAAAUGAACGAUAGGAUACAAAAGUAUCGAAAUAAAUAAUUAAUCAGUUAGAACUU